UGUGAAUGUGUGCGGGGCAGGAUUUCAGUUUCAAAAGCUAGCCAUGAGUUUUGUUCCGGCACACCAGUAUUCAAUCAAUUGUGAUAAUCUAACCAGUGUGAUAUUGAACGGUGUGGCAGCCUUUAGAUUGGUGAAUUGAUGUCAGAGCUGGAAUGGCUUCAAAAUGCUCCCUGCUCAAAUCUAUUGGAGACUGAUAUCCGAUCGAAAAGCUUCAAUUUAGCGCCCUGGAAUGGAAAUUCAACCGCCAAAGACGCUCGCACUACUUGGAAGAGCGAUCGGUUGGUCUUAGAGAACGACCAAUUCUUCCAGAAUCUUCACAUCGGGGAUACAACGGCGUUAGAAGCCAUCUCCGAGCGAUCCACGUGUCCGAAGUGUGAAAAAUCAAGAAAGUAUUACUGCUACUCGUGUUACAUCCCCCUCAAGGAGACAGCCAGUCUGAUUCCCACUAUUCCAUCUUUGCCUGUUCAAAUUGACGUCAUCAAACAUCCGCAUGAGCUCGAUGGAAAGAGCUCGGCCAUUCAUGCCAAGGUCAUUUGUCCAAAUUCCGUCCGAGUGUUUACCUAUCCGGAUAUUCCGGAUUAUCAAGACGAAAAAGUAUUGGUUCUCUUUCCGGGCGAUAAGGCUGAGAAGUUGGAUGACUACUUCCCUCAGCAUUUGACUGUACCCCAAAAGAGAGCCCAGUUUCAAAGGAUCCUUUUCGUUGAUUGUACUUGGCACCAAGUGAAAAGCAUUUGCUUGGAUGACCGAAUUAUCAAUCUGCCGCAACUGAUUUUGGAUGACAGGCAAACUGUGUUUUGGCGAAAUCAAAAGGGAAAACCCAAAGAAUACCUGGCCACAAUCGAGGCUAUCUAUUAUUUCUUGCAAGAUUACCAUACCAAAGUUUUGGGAUUGAAGUACGAUGGCGAAUUUGACAAGCUUUUGUUCCUCUUCAAAUUUAUGCAUCACAGAUUGCAUGAGCUAUACAAAUAAUAAACAUCAAUGCGAUGUG